AAAUUUUGGUGGUAAUAUUUCCCGGUUAAAAUUUUUUAUUUCCGUCCUUAAUUUUUUACUCAGUCAUCUAUAAAUUUAAAAAUAAAACUAACAUCAAAUGGAAUAUAGUUUUUCACUACUCGGGAAGGAAUGACUCUAAGUAGCGAGGCUGAUGAAGGAGACAAUGUCUUUCCGUCUGAUUCACUGACGGAAGAAACAACCGCCGUCAAGCAUUUGAACUCCUCCAUCGAAACCCCAACUUCACUAUCACUAAUGUCACUUCCCACUCUUCCAUUCGAGAUUGUGGUAGAAAUUCUCUCUAGGCUUCCCGUGAAGUUCCUCCUGCAACUCCAAUGUGUCUGCAAGUCCUGGAAGUCUCUAAUCUCCGAUCCCAAAUUCGCCAAGAAGCACCUUCGCCAUGCUAGUCAGAGCCUCAUCUUAACCCUCAAUAAUCCCGAUUUCGUCCUCAUAGCUAACCCUAUCGCAUCCGUUUUCACACAAGUGACCACCAUCACCACCAUACAGCUAGAGUACCCUGUCAAAAAGCAAAACCAUUCCGCUUUCAUUGUUGGAUCUUGUCACGGCAUCCUCUGCUUCGCUUUCUCAAAAGAUGUAGGUCUAGCUUUUUUGUGGAAUCCUUCCAUUAGAAAAUUUACGAUAUUGCCCUCUUUGGAAUGGGGAUAUCUCACAUCAUACUUUUUUUCCUUUGGCUACGAUGAUUUCAGUGACACUUACAAGGUUGUUGCCGUUUGUUAUGAACCUAUUUUUAUUGAUGGUGUUUUUAGCCAUUGCGAAAAUCUAGUAAAAGUUCAUACUUUGGGAACCACUUCUUGGACAAGAAUUCAGGACUUCCCUCAUAAUACUCUCAUUCGGGAAGAAUCAGGAAAAUUUGCUAGUGGAGCUAUUAAUUGGUUAACAUAUAUGCAUACACGUUCUUCAUGGGUCAUUCUUUCACUUGAUUUGGAGAAGGAGUUUUAUAGAGACCUACCACAGCCUGAUUAUGGAGGAGUAAAUGUGGUUAGUUUCAACUUAGAGGUUUUGAGGGAAUGCUUGUGCAUAUUUUCUCAUACGGAAACUUAUACAGAUGUUUGGCUUAUGAAGGAGUAUGGAAAUAAAGAUUCUUGGACUAAAUUGUUCCGUCUUCCUUUCACUAGAAUUAUUAUUGAUUCUUUGCAUGUUUCUGCACUUUAUGUUUCUCAUGAUGAUCAAGUGCUAUUUGGUGUUCAGCGAGAAGAUUUGAUUGUUUACAAUUCUAGAGAUGGUACUUUUAAGGAUCCCAUUAUUCAAAACAUAGAAAAAUGGAUGGAUUUAGAAGUCUACCAUGAGAGUUUGAUAUCACCUUGCUUUUAAAUACUAACAUGGAGUAUGUUAGAUCCUAUGUUAUGCCACUUGUGUAUCAAGAAUCCAUCUACUGGAUUCUUUAACUCCCUCAUUGCAACUUUUAUGUUGAUUUCCUUUUGUGUUAUGUAUUUUAUGUUUACUGGUACCUUCAUGGUUUGUUGUUGAUAUGUGAAAUUUGCAGCUUGAGAGAUUGCUA